AAUUAGUUGGGUCUCGGCAGUUUUUCGCUGCUGUGGAAGAUUCAUGAAGUUUUAUAGAUGAUUAAAGAUGAAAGAACUGAGAGUGUUGAGGCAGUUAUUGUAGGUUAUAAAUCAUUCAGCAUUGCAUCACCUCCCAUUCUUAUAAUAAAAUGCAUAUGCUGUAUCAUUUAAAAUGUACGGAUUAUGCCUCUGAUUAAUACAGAGCAUAUGUUCAGCAGGCUGCCCUGUAGGCUAAAGGGAUUAAUUGUCCUCCACAAUUUGAUAAAAACCUGUUAUUUUGGCAUUGUUGGGGGGGGGCAUUUUUCAGAUCCAUGCAAAAAUUCUGUGAAUGCAAUCAAAAAACUAAAAAUGCCCAAAAUUUCGUUUGGUUAGGUUAGGGUUAGGGCCAGGCAGGGGUUACGGUCGUCAUUUUGUGAUUAGAGUUUUCCCCAUAGAAAUGAAUGGAGAGUCCCCACAAAGAUAUAAUUACAAACCUGUGUGUGUGUUGGAGUGCAGGGCAUCCAGGGUUAUGUCCUCUGUGAGAAGCUUCAGGCCCUGAAGAACUAUAAAGGUCAUUCAGACAGUACCAGUCAAUAGUAUGGACACAGUAAAAGAGAGUGAUAGUGUCGCACUACCUGAUGGUAUGGGAGGAGUUUAACGAGAGUGACGGAAAAGCGGCCAAUGAGAGCUCAGCAAAUAUGUGGGACGUCCUUCAGGACAGCUGGCAUCCCAGGAGGCCAACUCAUGGAACUGGUGUAGCGGAGACAGUAGGGUCAGUCAGUCCCUGGAGUUAUUGGGGUUAAGGGCCUCACUCAAGGUUUCAUGAUGGGAUCACUCAGCUGACAGUGGGAUUUGAACCAGCAGCCCCCUGAGUCCCAACCCACAGAGCUGCUGCCCCCCAAGCAACUGAUUUUUUUUGGUUAAUACUUUUUUGGUGUUAAAGUAAUAUGUUGUUUUGUAGUUUUUAUAUCUUUAUAAUUAUUCUAAAAUGUAGAGAAUAGUACAAUAAACCUGUCUAUGGGUAGGUGUGUCCAGACUUUUGACUGGUGCUGUAUUUUAUAAUGUAAAAUAAUGCAGUGAGGCCUCUCUUAUGAAUGUGGCUAAGGAACGAUCUAAAAGGUGCCACACUUCGCAGAUAUAAUCACAGAGUAGUAACAGGAAGUGGCAUUGCACUGAGGCUCUUAAUGGUGGGGGUGGAGAGCGCAAGGGCAUGCUGUGGGCACUAACCUCCCACCAAGACGCCUCCGCCUGCCACGGGCAAGCCGCUUGGCCAUGCUCUGCAAGCAGUGAACUGAAACAGGAUCGAACUCUCCCUUACUGUAACAUGGGCAGAAAAUGCCCCCCACAGAACUGGGCAAAGGAGACACACAGACAGGCAGAGGUAUCAGAGACACAGACAGGCAGCAGAGGUAUCAGAGACACAGACAGGCAGCAGAGGUAUCAGAGACACAGACAGGCAGCAGAGGUAUCAGACACACAGACAUGCAGCAGAGGUAUCAGACACACAGACACACAGACAAGCAGCAGAGGUAUCAGAGACACAGACAGGCAGCAGAGGUAUCAGGCACACAGACAGGCAGCAGAGGUAUCAGACACACAGACAGGUAUCAGAGACACAGACACACAGACAGGGAUCAGAGACACAGACAGGCAGAGGUAUCAGAGACACAGACACACAGACAGGUAUCAGAGACACAGACAGGCAGCAGAGGUAUCAGAGACACAGACAGGCAGCAGAGGUAUCAGACACACAGACAGGUAUCAGAGACACAGACACACAGACAGGGAUCAGACACACAGACAGGCAGAGGUAUCAGAGACACAGACACACAGACAGGCAGCAGAGACACAGACAGGCAGCAGAGGUAUCAGAGACACAGACACACAGACAGGUAUCAGAGACACAGACAGGCAGCAGAGGUAUCAGACACACAGACACACAGACAGGUAUCAGACACACAGACAGGCAGCAGAGGUAUCAGACACACAGACAGGCAGCAGAGGUAUCAGACACACAGACAGGCAGCAGAGGUAUCAGACACACAUACACACCCACACAGAAACGAUGCUUUCUGAUGUUUACAAAGGCUCACACUCACUCGCACCCACACUGUUGGUGCCGGUGCUUGGUUGUGAACACCUGCGUUUACGUCAAGGUGCAAAGUUCAGGGUUACCUUUUUGUCAUCAGCAGCUGUGAGAUGAAGAUCAUUCAGACAAACAGUAUCAGUCAAAAGUAUGGACACACCAUAACAGAAUGAUAGCGUCGCGCCACCUGACCCAAACAUCAGAGAUGGUUUUGGAGGAGUUUGACCAGGGAGUGACAGAAAAGCGGCCAAUGAGAGCUCAGCGUAUGUGGGACCUCCUGCAGGAGCUGGAACGGCAUCCCAGGAGGCCACCUCAUGCAGCUGGUGUAGAGGAGGCAGCAGGGUCAGCCGGUCCCUGGGGUAAUUGGGGUUAAGGGCCUCGCUCAAGGGCCCAAAGGUGGGAUCAUUCUACCAACUGGGAUUUGAACCAGCAACCUUCCGAGUCCCAACCCACAGAGCUGCCCCUCCCAACUAAUUUUAUUUAGUUCUUUUUUGGUCAGUGCAUAAUCCAUAUAUGUUAUUUUAUAGUUUUUAUAUCUUUAUAAUUAUUCUAAAAUGUAGAGAAUAGUACAAUAAACCUGUCUAUGGGUAGGUGUGUCCAAACGUUUGACUGGUGCUGGUUUUAUACUGGUGUAUAAAAUAAUGCAGUGAGGCCUCUCUUAUGAAUGUGGCUAAGGAACAAUCUAAAAGGUGCCACACUAAUAGAAGCUAAUAACAGGAAGUGGCAUCGCACUGUGGGCACUAACCCCCCCAGCCGGGGUAUUGGGAUACUUUCUGUAGACGUAUUUAAAUAUAAGCAGCGUAAUGUGAGAAGCAGCUAGCAUCAUGCUGGACAUCACUUAUUGCACACAAGGAACAUACAGCAGCAUUGGCUGAGUGUCGCAAGUACAGAGCAAGUAGCAUCGAGGUUAUAACGGAGGUAGGGUUGUAAAAUGGCAUUUGGUUAUGCAGAGGUUUCAGGAGAUUUAGGUCGCGGCCGACAGCCGCUGUGAACUGACAGCCGACCCUCU